CAGGCUCGCAGCCUCCGUACACGGAGCACUAUGAACGAGAAUGACGAGAAUAGACCUUCGACGCGUCUCACACGGGCCAAGGCUGCAGCUCUAUCCGCAGGUGACGUCUCCACUGCGGCCACUAAGAAACCUCUUGAGACCAAGAAAGCCGCUACCUCAACCGCAACCACUGGUACGACAAGGAGGCGCGCUGCUCUAGGUGAUGUCAGCAAUGUCACCAAGGGCGAGAACGGCGGCGCGAAGGAGGGAAAGAAGCCGGCCGCGACCACCAAGGUUGGCUUGACAUCGAAAGCUACCAUGCAGGCUGGUGGCGUUGCGAAGCUCACCCGCACCAACUCGUCGCGUACUACCGCCCUGACGAACAAAACCACCAACACGAAGAAGCCUGCAGAGGACAAGGAAAAACGGUCGGGACCCGGAUCUAUCAAGGAUAGUGCACAGAAGCGCCAAAAAACCACGCAAGACGUGUUGGUAGAAGAGCCACCCCGCAAGAAGGUGGAGGUCGAGAAGAAGCUCACCCAGAAGAAGCUUGCCACUGAAAAGGCUCCCGCCAAGGAAAAUGUCGAAGCUCCUGUUGAGCCCAAGACCCUGCAGAAGCCCGCUCAAGAUCUUGUGGAGGAUUUGGAUACUGAGGAUUUAGAUGACCCCUUGAUGGUGGCCGAAUAUGUGGUGGAGAUCUUUGAAUACAUGAAGGACCUUGAACUCGAGACACUACCUAACCCCCAUUACAUUGACCAUCAACCUGAUCUGGAGUGGAAGAUGCGUGGUAUCCUUGUUGACUGGCUCAUCGAGGUUCACACCCGUUUCCGUCUGUUGCCUGAGACUCUUUUCCUCGCUGUCAAUCUCAUCGAUCGUUUCCUGUCGGCCGAGGUGGUGGCUCUGGAUCGUCUGCAGCUUGUUGGAGUUGCUGCUAUGUUUAUCGCGUCCAAGUAUGAGGAGGUCCUCUCGCCGCAUGUGGCCAACUUCAGUCACGUCGCCGACGAGACUUUCACCGACAAGGAGAUUCUGGACGCUGAGCGUCACAUUCUGGCGACUCUCGAGUACAACAUGAGCUAUCCCAACCCGAUGAACUUCCUGCGUCGUAUUUCUAAGGCAGAUAACUAUGAUAUCCAAACGCGUACCCUUGGAAAAUACCUGAUGGAAAUCAGUCUCCUCGAUCACCGGUUCAUGGCUUACCGUCAAAGUCACGUGUCUGCUGCCGCCAUGUAUCUGGCACGUCUCAUUUUGGAGCGUGGGCCUUGGGAUGCCACCUUGGCUUAUUACGCUGGAUAUGACGAAGAGCAGAUCGACCCUGUCUUCCGCCUCAUGAUCGACUAUCUUCACCGCCCGGUCUGCCACGAAGCGUUCUUCAAGAAAUAUGCCAGCAAGAAGUUCCUCAAAGCGUCCAUUUUGACCCGUCAAUGGGCCAAGAAGUAUCACCACCUGUACAUCGACAGCUCCCUCUCAGAACCGUACAACUAUAUCAAGGAUCAUGAAUAA